GUCUAUAUAUACGUGCAGUAUAAUCAUCACGAAUUAUCUUCCAAUUUAUGCAGUUUUUAAGUGGUUAUAGUUUAGUCACCCAUCGCUAUUCUAAUGUCUUUUUUCAUUGGUUUUAGACGCAAUUCCGACGUUAAAUUUUGUUUUUAUGCAUGAAUAUUAUUUUGUAAUCUCUUUUUAUCUUUACCUAUUUAAAUCGUUACACUUGAGAUAGUGGAGUUUCCCACAAAUACACUUCACUUCAAUACAUCAAUAAAGAGAGUAUGAUUUCUGCUAAAAGAAUAGCAAUCAAUUUUCUUCAUGUUGUUCUUUUUUGUGUUUUUGUUUCAGGAGAUGCUGAAGUGAGAUGCAUAGAUAAGGAGAGAGAAGCUCUUCUCACCUUCAAGAAUGGCCUCAUCGAUGGUCGUGGUGUUCUCUCGUCGUGGCAAAGCAACGAAUGCUGUGAUUGGUAUGGUGUUGAGUGCAGCAACAUCACUAGCCAUGUUAUCACCCUUCAAUGUGAUUAUUGCGGAUUGCAAGGCGAGGUUCGUUCUUCAUUGCUCGAGUUGCAUCAUUUAAAUUAUCUUGACCUCAGUGGGAAUAAUUUUGGAGGCAUUCCAAUACCACAGUUCAUAGGUUCCAUGAAGCAAUUACAACACUUGUCUCUUGAGGAUUCUAACUUUCAUGGGAUUAUUCCUCCUAAUAUAGGGAACCUUACCAACCUACGCACACUUGAUAUCUCUGAUAACUCUUUGAGUUCCACGUCUCUUUCCAUAAUUGUUUCAGUAUUGGAAUCACUCGAAAUACUGGACUUGUCUCAUAAUCAACUGAAUGGAUCGAUGCCCGACCUUAGAGCAUUUUCUUCAUUGACAGAACUGCACCUUAGCGGAAACAAUUUUUCUGGCUACAUUCCUCUAAGUAUUGGCAAAUUCUCAAAGCUUCAAGUUCUAGAUCUUUCUUUAAAUUCUUUUGAAGGUUUAGUUCCUCCAAGUAUUGGCCAACUCUCAAAUCUUCAAACUCUAGAUCUUUCUUUUAAUUCUUUAGAAGGUUUAGUCUCUGAAUCUCACUUCUCCAAGCUUGAUAAGUUAAAGACACUAGUUUUAUCCUUCAAUUCAUUGAUCUUGCAUAUUGAAUCGGAUUGGAGCCCUCCUUUUCAGUUGGAAAGUAUAUAUUUUGGCAGGUGCAAUGUCGGCCCAUCUUUUCCGAAAUGGAUUCAAACUCAGAUGAAUUUGUCUGUCCUUGAUCUCCGUGGUGCCAAUAUAACAGAUGAAACCCCGAGUUGGUUGUGGAGUAGUUCAUCUUUGUUAUACUGCUUAUUUCUCUCAGAUAAUCAAAUAAGUGGUACAGUUCCGAAUCUCUCAUCCUCAUCCAUCAAGUUCAUAGAUCUUAGUUACAAUCGAUUCUCAGGUCAUAUACCAUUAUUCCCUGCCAACGCUAUUGAUAUUCAGUUCAGUGGAAAUAAGUUCUCCGGAUCAGUUUCAUCUAUUUGCAAAACUAGCCAUGAUGACCUUAUAUUCCUUGACAUCUCCAAUAAUCAGUUGACAGGAAAGGUUCCCGACUGUUGGGAGAAAUUUCCGAACUUGCACUCCCUCAAUUUGGCUAGCAACAAGUUUUCGGGUAAAAUUCCUCUUUCUUUGGGAAAUUUACAAAACUCUGUUGCACUGCAGAUGCAUGGUAACAAUCUAUUCGGUGAGUUGCCUUACAAUUUGAGUCUUUGCCAAAAGUUGUUAAUCAUUGAUGUUGGAGGGAACAAGUUAACAGGAGAAAUCCCCACUUGGAUUGGCCAAAUGCAUCAAAUGCAAUUUCUAAACCUUCGUGGAAAUAUAUUGCAUGGCAGUAUUCCUCCUGAGAUAUGCAAUCUUACUAAUAUUCAAGUUCUGGAUUUCUCGAUAAACAACUUGUCUUCGAUAAUUCCCGACUGCUUCAACAAUUUUAUUGUUUUGGCUAGUAAGAGUACCACAUAUCUUGAUCCAUUUCUCUUUAGUAUAUACUUUUAUAAUAACAAUGAAAAUAAACACUAUGGAUAUUCCUCAUUUCUAUGGAAAGGUAAGGAAUCAGGAUACAAGACAAAUCUCGAGUUUCUCAAACUCAUUGAUUUUUCAAGUAAUAGAUUGACAGGGAACAUACCCAAAUCAUUUUCCAACAUGAGGGAUUUAAAUUCCUUGAAUCUAUCAAGAAAUAGUUUGUCGGGAGGUAUAAUUCCAGAUAUUGGUAAAAUGGAGAUGCUAGAUUCUCUUGAUCUAUCACAAAACCAACUCUCUGGCAAGAUACCAACAAGUUUGGCAGAAAUAUACACUCUUGGUUUUCUUGAUUUGUCGAACAACAGUUUGUUUGGAAAAAUUCCAACAAGUACUCAACUUCAGAGCUUCAAUGCAUCCGCUUAUGCCGGUAAUAAUGGACUUUGUGGCGAUCCUCUGCCAGAGUGUCCCGAAGAUAGCUUGAGGCCAUCCACCACUAGUAGUCCACCGGAUAACAUGAAUGAGAAAGAAAACAAUAGCUUCUUUCUUAUGCAAGAAGUUGAUAUAUCAAUGGUCAUUGGUUUUAUUAUUGGAUUUUGGGGAGUUGUUGGUUCAUUCGUACUGAAGAAAUCAUGGAGAGAUGCAUUCUUCCACUGGUUGGAUGUUGCUGGAGAUUGGUUCUACGUCAAAGGUGGUGUGCUUGUAUCCAAAUUCAGACCAAGUUGAAAUUAAUAGAGGAGUGAAACCACACAAUUAUGAAUCAAGGUGUGAAGAAACGCAUGGAGAGAUAAAUUUUUUAAGUUAUGUAAUUGGGUUUGUAUUGGUCCUACUAUUUUAUACUUUCACUUUGUUUUCAUUUUUUUUUUACUUUCAUUAGUAUACUCUAUGUCGUGUUUGGUUCUUCUAACAAAAUGAAAUAAGGUUACGACUCUAAGCUAUA